AUGCUAAGUUCUGACACAAGAUUGGUUCUGGUGAAUGCAAUUUACUUUAAAGGUUUAUGGCUUCAACCAUUCCUGAAGGAAGAAUCUUUCCCAGGGACCUUUUUUGUGGCUGCAAACCAAAAAGUACAAGUACAAAUGAUGCGCCAAGAAGCCCAUUUCAAGUUCUUCGAAUCAAAGGAACUUGGCUGCCAAAUACUCGAGAUGCCAUAUAUAGGAAGUAAGAUGUCCAUGGUAAUCUUCCUUCCUGUAGAAACCGAUGGCCUGGGGAGUUUAGAAGGAAAGAUCGCCUAUGACAACUUUAAGAAGUCUCUGUCUACCCUUGAUUCCUCAAGACCUGAAGAAAUGGAAGUGUUUCUGCCCAAGUUCAAGUUAACACAGCAGUUUAGUCUGAAUGAUGUCUUGUCAAAAAUGGGAGCGAGUGAAAUGUUCAUUGCUGGCAAGGCAGACUUCAGUGGUAUCACAGCAGAUUCACUGUAUGUUUCAGAAGUGGUUCAUAAAGCCUUUAUUGAGGUGAAUGAAGAAGGCACAGAGGCUGCCGCUGCUACUGGUAUUGGAGUCAAUGCAUUGAGUUUAAAGCCCAUGUUUAAUGCCGACCAUCCAUUUUUGUUCUUUAUCCGCCACAAUGAUAUUGGUGCCAUAUUGUUCAUGGGUCGUCUCCUGAAACCAAGUGAAGAUUGAUGUCCCAUUUAUCAAUCCUUUCUCACAAAUUAAAUUAAACUAAAUUAAAUUAAAUUAGUGUCCAUCAACUGAAGUCUUUUUUGUAGGUGAAAAUGAUUUCACAUUAGAGCAACAAAUUAGGUGCCUUGACUGGUUGGUACCAGCUAAGCUAUGUGGGUAGUUUGAUAUCCCACAUAAUAACAUUAACAGUCGUGAGAGCUUGUUACUGUUUACCUGAAAUUUAUAUCAAAGAAAAUUUGACAAAGACUAACCCCAGUAGUUCAAAUUCAUACAAACAAAAUAGUAAUUAAUUUAUUAAUGUACUAAGACAGUGACAAGUGACAUGGUUAAAAUAAAGAAAUAGAUGUGGUUUUAGUUUAUAGAGUAAGUUCAUGAUCUCCUGCUUAGUUUAAAUCCGAAAUUCAUUGAGCUAAAAAUUCACAUUUGAUGUGAAUUAAAUGUUAAAUUCAAAAACUGAUGCAAUAGUACCUUAAGCGUCCUGCUGCCAAGAUUACCCAUAUAAACGCACAUUUGAUCAUAUUGUCCGACGGAAAGAGUGGAACAAUGCUAUCACAGGUUUUGUAGAAAAUAAAAGACAAUUGCGUCCUUUGUCUGUUGUCAAUAAAACCCUAGCAAAUGCCAGUUGGCAGUUAAUGUUUAGACGAUUUGUCAGUUAUCAGUUAAAAUUUUGGCCAUUUGUCAGUUGUCAGAUAACCCUAUCCAGACCCUCUUUGAAUGACUAAUAAUAAUAUUUUAUUUAGAUAGAUAUAUAUAUAUCUAAAUAAAAUAUUAUUAUUAGUCAUUCAAAGAGGGUCUGGAUAGGGUUAACUGAUAACUGACGAAUGGCCAAAAUUUUAAAUUUUAAAAGUUUUUUUCAAACGACUAUCUAUUAACGUACCGUUUAAUCUAUGUAUUACUCCGACAUGCAGAAUUUAUUUCAUAUCAUGUAAUCUCUGUAUCAAGCAGAGUUUUUGAAAACGAACCUAGAAAGUUGCCGCCAUUUGAGUGAAAAACGCUCCAAAAGGAAGGAUUCUUUUGCCUCCGAGAAGUUCGAAAAUCACAGCAGCGAAUAAAAAGGAAAGGAGAAAAACACAAAGCAAGGAGGAAGAAACGGGGAGAAGAGAAAACAGCAAUGGUUGCAUUCUUAAUUGUUUUUAUAAUAGCUACUUUAGAGAAAAUAACUGUUUGACGGAACUGGUCUAUUUGGCGGAACGUUUGCAAAAAUCCGGUGAGAUAUUCUAAAGGAACAAAAACAGCUGUCUGUCUUGUUUUCUAGGUUGUCUAUUAGUUUUUGUUCUUGUAAAUAUGACCCAGGCUGGGAGAAUGGUAUGGGAUUAUUGUUACUAUCAUAAUGAUAAACAAAUUUUAGCAGCGGGUUGGUUACUUUUUUAUACUGAAUUCUGUACUGCCCACUACAAAACUACAACGAGGCUUUAUGAAGAACCUUUACUCACUGUUGGUACCCGUUAUCUGUUCAUCUUUCUCCCUAAGUAAGGGAAUCCGGAUUCCGAAAUCCGUGAAAUUGUUGCAUGUGGAAUACGAAAUCCAAGAAAAUUUUGCUAGCGGAAUCCGGAAUCUUGGGCUUUUGGAAUCCGAAAUACAACCCAAGGAGUCCGAAAUCCCACUAACAACUAAAAUCCAGUAUCCAAGUUCCACACUGAUAAAAACUGGAAUCUAGUACAUGGACUCCGGAAUCCACUGUCAUGGAUUCCCUUUCCUGGAGCGACACCUUUUUAACGUAGAAUAAUCUAAAAGGCACAGGCAGACAAAACAACUAAUAUUUCAUCUACAUUAUUCAUUUAUUUCCUUUGUUUGUGACCAUGGCCUCUUCAUGACUUCACUUCCACUAAUCUGAAUUUCAUAUAUCGAAAGAGGUCGCAGGGUCAAUGUCGAGAUCCUAUGUGCAGGGCUGUCAACUACGGUGGCCCAAAAGUGUCACGGCAAUUUCAAUUUACUGUCGGCAAUUUAUAUUUUACUCACGGCAAUUUUAAAAAAAAGUGUAUACCAGCCAUAAUAUUCCAUUUUCUGUGCCCAAGUCGGUAUAUGAUUUAAGGGGGCAUCCUCUGUGCUCUUGAGCAGCAUCCAGAUAAUACGCAGCUAUGUUGUACCACAUGAGCUCAUGGGUAGGUUGUCAGAAAGCGUGACACACAGCCAAAGUACUUUCCUGUUUAUACCAUGUAUCGGAUAUCUAUAUCAUAACCGUCUACAUGCCAAACCUUCAGUUGGGCGUGGGCAGGUUGACUCCCGACUGUGUGUUUUUCUCCCUUCAACGCCAUCGAGGUCUAGUUCACGAACAAUUUCUUCCACUUUGCUUCAGGGUACUCGUAUUCCUAGACUGCUUGCAGUCCGCCUUUUCUCUUUUAAAUCCGUCUAGUUCAGUCUUAUCUCAUCCAGCGCGAUUGCAAACCACGACGUUUGCCGCUCGCGUGCUUAGGUUUCCGCGUGCAGUAACUUUGCAAAGAAAAAUAAGAGAAUGCUCGCAGUCUACGUAUUCCCUUCUGCUAGAGAAAAUGCUAAACGCUAGCGCUGCGGUAGCCAACAGAACUUCCAGGACCAGCUAUUAUUUCCACAAUGGUGUUUCUUAAAUUGUACUUUUUCAGCUUUCUCUUGAGUGUACUAACUGUAAGGCUUAUUGUUAUUGUUAUUGUCAUGUAGAGAAUUUCAAGAUACUCAUUGAAAUUGCCGUGACUAAAGUAGAAAAAUUGCCGUGACACUUUUGGGCCACCUAGUCAACCCCUCAAGUCUUCAUAUAUUGAGAAUUGGUAGAUGACGUCAUAAUGCACAGCAUAGACGUCAUUCCUCCAAAAACGCGCGAAAAAGACGUUGUUGGAAUUGUAACAUUUGACCUUAUUGGUUAACUUGCCACCAAUCACGUUAUUGCAUAUAUUUUAAUGGCAUACCGGAGUUUAUAACGAAACGUUCAAUGUCAAUAAAAUAGCUCAAACAACGCAAAAUAUUUGAAAUUUUAUUGUCAGAGAGUCGAGUCUACAAGAAAUGGCAAACUUUGGCGAUUAUCCGGGAGAUUUCAGACUCUAAUCUGGAGACCGGGGGCGCGAUCCAUUCAACAGAAAUUCCAACCGGUCCGACCGGGAAAAGAGGACCACCUCAAAAGGUGGACCCGUUUUUUCGAAACUUUUCCGGUUGGACCGAACCGAUCCAUUGAGUUUUGGAUCGAAAUUUCCGGAAAGUUUGGUUGAAUGGAUCGCGCCCCGGGAGAUACGGUUCAAAAUCUGGAGUUUCCCGGAUUAUCCGGGAGAGUUGACAGUACUGUAUGUGAUUAUAUACUUCAUGGAACAUCAGAAAAUUGUUAUAUUCCUAGACUUUCACUCAACUAAACAGGGACUGCUAUUGGUUGAUUCUUGGUCACGUGGCCUUGACUAAAAUCAAAUGUAUCCCGAUCGUGAUACAUUAAACAAUGUAUCCCGCUCGGGAUACAUUGCAGCACGUGAUCAAAGCAUGGUGGAAAGUGGUGUGACAGAAGGCGGGAAAAACACCGCCAGGUCCAGCCAGUUUUCUUUUUCGUGAAUGAACACAACAACACAAAAACGAAGCCUCAAGCUAAAAAGCAACGAUUUCUAAAGUUAUCCCAGAAGAAAAACAGCAGCUAGUGGAGGAAAAAGAUGCAGAUAAUAUGAGGAAAGUACUUUUGUUUGUAAAUCAUUCAUUCAGUGGUUUUGAGAAUUAAAUUUGUGUUGUUAUAAGUACCGAGUCGACUGUUUUGGUUCGCUCCGGUUAUUACUUUUGUUGCUGUUGAAGUAAAAGUCUAGAAAUAUAACAAAACACUUAAUGUCAGGUCCCUCGGGAAACAGGUUAGUUUUGUUUUCCCUCGAGUCCUGAUGUUUCCCUCGACUUCGUCUCGGGAAACAUCAGGACUCUUGGGAAAACAAAACUAACUGUUUCCCUCGGGAUCUGACAUUAAGUGUAUAAUGGCGCUUGCGGAUAUAAAAUUACCCGGUCGUAUAUUAUUGUGGACACUGUGGUUCUUCCAGCAUAGUUUUCUCCUUUUUGACGGAGUUUACAACACGAGUUGUUCAAAUGUCUUGGAGGCUCUCUUCGUUGAUUUUGUUUGGACCAUUGCAUUUGUCGUUAUCGUCCUAGUUGUAUCUGAUAAGCAUGAGAUAUACAGUCUCUCGAAUUUAUUUCGUGUAUGGCAAGUAUAUAUUGUCAUCGAUAUUGUGCCAGGUAUAACCUGUGUCGGAUUUCGUUUUUAUUGGACAGCUACAUAUUGUUUGCCCAAUACAACUAUCUUGAGGAUAGUGCUUUGCGUAACAGCUAUCCUACUACUGCUACUGUUAACAACUGCGGAUGAUUCGUUCAGUUCCAAGAGUCACGGAGAACUCGUUCGAAAUUUAUCUGUUGCUAUGGUUGCUGACCUCUUUGAUGCCAUCGAAAUGAUGGACAAUGCGAUGGAAUACAGAGACCAGACAGACAAGGCGCAUGAUAUUUCUAUCAUCUUUCUGACUUUUGGCGCCGUCAUUACAAUCAUUGUGUCGUCAUUGCAAAUGGCUGAAUAUGAAUUCAUCGACGGUCUUGCCCGGGAGACCAAUAAAGAACAAACUAUAAAAUAUAAACCAACCGUUGUCCGCAACAUUUUCGUGUUAGUUAUAAACUUGGUAGUGAUGAUCGCUCGCCUGAAGGUCGUCACCGAAAAUGGAAAGACUCGGUCUACAUUAAUCAUCUUCAAGAAUUUCAUUGCCAUUAUUUUUUCUGUGAUGCACAUCUGCUCUCAAACACCACGCCCAUAAAUAAACCUUGAGGAAACUGUGUAGACUUCCUCCAACCAAAUGACCUGCAAGACAUCUGUAAAUUUCUAAUCAAAUCAUGGAUAUGUUUUACCUGAAAAGAAUAGGUUUCUUUUGCUCUUUAUUCAAGGAACGUCGAGCUAAUCUCUUACCCAGCUCUCUUUUUUUUUUUGUUAGCGAAGCUUUCGGCUUCGUAAACAAGAGAAUUGGGUAUGAGAUUAACGCGAGCUCUACGAAACUCCAAGAGAUGUUUCUGAAACAAGCCAAGGCAAAAUAGGACUCACCUCUCUCCCCAGCCCCACGCAUCAGUUUGCCAUCAGUUUUCACAAUUUCCCCCUAUUUCUUGCUCUCAUUCGUCUCUCUUGCGUCUCUCGCUCGGCUGAUUGGAAACAGCAACGAGAUCAAAAAGGUAUCAAAGACUAUAGGAAUCAUAAGUAAAGCUUGUUUCUUUCUUUCUUCUAAAUCUUUGUUAUCCUUAUACUAAACUUUGGUUUACUCAUCUUAACUACUGUAACAAUUUGCAUGGUGCUCAACAUAUCCAUCCAAUUUGAAUAGGAUUCUCUACCUACAGAAACACGGCAUCGUCAGAAUCAUUUGUGGAGCUGAAUACCUUGCCCAUACUGCACCUCUUUUUCGGACUCUUAAAAGCCUAAGACAUUAAUUUUUUAUAUUAAUGCGUUUUUAAUUUGUUGCAUGUUUUAUGUACUCAUAUCAUAAUAAUCUCCUUCCUCAUAUGUUUAACACCACCUUUGUUACUAAUCGCCAAGUACACACAUAUAAUACUCGAAAUGCUAAUAAAUACUGACCAUAUUUCUGUAGAACAAACAUUAAACAGUUCACAAUCCUCUAUGACCUAAAAUUAAACUACGGAACUCCCUUCCCCAUAAUCUUACAGAACUGACAAGUUACUCUAGUUUCAAGACUGUACGUUAUCGAAAGAGCUAUAAAUUACACUUGCCUGACUAUGAUACGGCAGCUUACAUUAAAUCAUAAUUAAGUAUGAGGAGACCCCGGGGGGGGGGGGGUUGGAAGACACCCUUCAUUAUAGUUUUCAUAGAAGAGUAUUGUCCACUCAACCUGACACGUUGUUGUCUGUCACUUAAAUAAUUCGUAACGAGAUUGAUAACUUUUGAGUCUCUACCGUAAUCUUCAAGCUUCUUGACAAUAAGAUCAUGGGGAAGGGUGUCAAACGUUCUUGACAGGUCCAUAGACACCAAACUAAUAACUUUGUGAUUAUCUAUCGCAUCCAUGGUAAUCUCUAUAUGCAAAGACAUUAUUAUGAUAAACAUCUUCAAAGUGUGAACAAGUUUUUUAAAAACUUUGGAUAAGACAGGCAGGAUUGUUAUAGGGCGAUAGUUUGUCUUUGUUAAUGUACAGUACGCAGGCACUUUUCCCGUUUCAAAUAGAAAAUUCGGAUUCUUUGACGGCUCAAGUUGGAAUUUGAUCAUGUCCAGUAGCUUUGUUUGUCUUAAGAUUCCCCACCUUCCUUUGAUCUGAAUGUUUAACAUUUGCAGAUUCUAGAAAAGUGAUUUCGUCCUCUUUUCCUUCUCAUGCUAACAGCUCUGUUUCUUAGUUGGCGCCGAGUACUUUUCACAGUCUUCAACUGAAGCUUUCUUGACUUGUUGAACUGCUUUUUACAGCGAUUACGCUCUCUCAUCACUUCCCGUAAUUCAGGAUUUAUAAAUUGAAAUUGAUCGCGAUGUCUUCGUCGAAACGAUUUAACUGGAGCAUGGUUAUCCAGAGCUUCAACGAACAAUUUUUCCCAAGCCCAAUAUACAUCGUCAGGGUCAUCAAAGACGUAAUUGAGCCGUCGAAAAAGGAACCAGACUAAGGUCGCUACAAAAAGAGCCUUCGUCUUCGUGUAUUACUUAAAGAAUCCAGAUCAUAACUAUCACAAGUACCCAGCAGACAUCUUCCUCGAUUAUUAUUAUCCAAAGGAUUACUAAUAUCACAUAACAUAAAUCUGCGAUUCCAUCACGCACCAUAAAAUAUACCCAAAUAUAUUUUAAAACCCACUUGCACUUUCGUUUAACAGUAAUCUACAACAAGCAAAAACGCAUUAAGAUACCAUGUACAAAUUAAUGAAUUCAUGAUCAAAUCUUGUUAUUAUUAUUUAAAGGUGUUUCCGUCCGGGGGGGGACUCCGCAUAUGAAAGGGGUGGGGAUGCUCGUCGUCUCGCUUAGGGGCGUAAAUUUCGGAUUUUGGUCUCACUUAGGGUGUUCUGGGCAAAACGCCAUCAUAUUUAGCCGUGAAGGUCUCGUUUAGGUUGCACAUAAAAAAGUAUAAAAAUAUGUAUAUUGACUGUGUUUUAAGGAGGAGGGAGGGAGGAGCCCAAUUUCUACAAGCUAUUUAGCUUCUAUUGGGCUUCCUCACCACUCUAUCUAUUACAAAAAUUAAGUCACUUGAUAUUACAUUUAAUUUUAAACUUUUGUUUGUAGCUUCGGCUGCCCUGUAAAUUUGCAAUCUUAAUAAUAAUAAUAAUACAUAUAUAUAUAUUAUUAAUAAUAUUUAUUCUAUGUGGCAAAUGUAAAAUAAAAAUAGAUAAAAAAUAACAAGCAAAAAGCAUAUCCUGGCAGAACAAAAGAUACAGUCAGAAUGCAACUCAAAACCACCUAAUGAGUUGUCGGUAUUUGUUGGUACCAAGAGACGUUGGUAUCCAUUAAGCUGGAAAACUCCAUGGGAAUACAGUGAAACACUCGCAAGAUUGUAUGUAUAUAUAUAUCAAAAAAGGGUUUAAAGGCAUGUUUAUAGUGAAAAGUGCACUUAGCUUAUCCAGCUAGUUUACAGGCACUCCACUCAAAUACUUAGAAGCAAAUAAUUCAAAUGCAACAUAACAGGAUUAAAAACUCCAUCUGGCAGGAGGCAACCAGUUUUGAAUCAAAGGAACUUGCCUGCCAAAUACUUGAUAUGGCGCCGUAUAUAGGAAGUAAGAUGUCCAUGAUAUCUUCCUUUCUUUAG